AUGUCGCAAAUCAAAUAUCGCGCCGCUUGUGACCACUGCUCCGCCACGAAGAUCAAGUGUACGCAGGAACGCCCCCAGUGCGCACGAUGUCGAGCCUUGGGGAGAGACUGCCACUACAGCAGAUCACUACGCGCGGGCAAACCGCCACGCUCAAGUCAGGGCCUCAAUCGCAAGCUCUCCAAUGCUCCCGUUCUCCCAAUACACAACUCCGUCCCCGAGUUGCAGGUCACAGCACCCAAAGCAGAGCAGGCAUGGUCUGCCACGGCCGGAGCAUAUCCCACUCCUCCGGCGAUGGUGCCCAACAAUGGCUCCGACGUCUUCCAGUUCUCAGAGGCUCAUCACGGCGACAGCAGUUCUUCAUCAGCAUCACCCACGGCGCAUCCGGAAUGGUUCUUCGAUUUCAACCAGGGCUCAGGAAUGGUGGCAGGUCUACCGAUGAAUGCCUCCCACGGCGCGCCUCGAGGCUCCAUAUCCAGUCCCACGACACAUGCAUCCAGUCUCGAUCAGGAUACCAGGGCGCCUGGAUUGGACUUUGGCUCGUCUUUUGAUGAUUUCAUUCACAUACCCGCUCCAACUCCGUUACCAAGCGGCAACGAUGGAGACAGAUGUGUUCGCCUGGCCACCGAGACCUUGAGCAGCCUGUACGAAAUGCCCGCAAUACAGAUUGACAGCACGGGAGCAAAGCAACCGUCAGUCGACCAAGCACUUGCGACCGCCGCCCGGGCAGUCCAGACCAUGCAUGAUCUGGUCUCCUGCUCCUGCCCCAAGGACUUCUACCUGCCCAUGAUCGUCGUCCUCAUCGCCUCGAAGAUCGUCGCGUGGUAUCAAGCCAUCGCCGUCAUCCGCGACCCGUACGUGGAGCUCCCGGAAGGCAAGCGAUGCACCAACGAAUCCGUCGUCGACGGCCCCCUCACCCUGGGAACGUACCAACUCGACGACGAUGUCUGCUGGGCUCUCCGCAAUCAGAUCGUCAUGGGCCAGCUGCAGCGCCUCAACGACAUCAUGGCGCGAUAUCAGGCCGUCCCAUCCGGCGAUGCCUCCUCGCCCACUGCUCAUCUACCCGAAGGCGCGCGCCUGCAGGCUUCGGUCGGAGGGCAUCUGAGAACGCGACUGCAGUUUACGAUUCAGGAGAUUGAGAAUCGCUUGCGAGGAAACGGUGGCGGACAGAAGUCACUCGUCAUAUGA